GACUGAUAACCCACUUUAAAUAUUUCAGGUUAAAGGCAACAACGUGAUAGGCGUCUCGAAAGGGAAGUAUUUCAGAACCGACAAGGACCGAGUGGUAGGGGUCGUUGCGCAUUACGAUACUGCGAAAAACACUCCAGGAGUGGAUUCAAACGGAGCUGGCGUUGUGGGCAUGUUGCAGGCAGCCAAACAUCUCGCCAAGUUUCCAAGAGACUUCACUGUGGUGUUUGUUGCAUUCGACUUCUUGCUGAGCGAAGAUGCUGCCUGUGCGAGUCUUGGCUGCGGAAGUGAGAGUUUUAUGAAUGAAUGGGUGAACUCAUACUGGUCAACGCCACCAACGACCACCGGCGUCAUUGUCAUGGACACCAUAAUGAACUUCAACGACAGUCGGGAAUCGCAGAGUCUACCUGCUGGAUUUAACGUGCUGUUUCCAAACGUUGCGAGUAGCAUCACCUCAAACAACAACAAGGGAGACUUCCUGGCAGCGAUUGGACGCCCCUCGGACAGAGAUGUUCUCGAUAAAUUCAUUCAGUCUUACACAGCGCUGGGACAGCCGGAGUUUGGCGUGCAGAACAUUUACAUUUCCGGCUUAACUGAGUCCACCGUCAGUGCCAGCGACAUUGCCCAGUACUCGGAUCUGAUGAGAAGUGACCACAGAACCUUCUGGAGCCGUGGUAUCCCGUCCAUCUUCCUCACAGACACUGCAAACUUUCGGGGUUACAUGAAAACCUGCUUCCAUAACUCUUGUGAUGACAUGAGCCGGGUCACCGACAAGAUGAUCCAGUUUGCCGGGAAGACUACCCAAGCUGUCAUUGACACUGUGAACAAACUGGCGCCAAGCUCAAGGGCAGGAGUGCACCGUGUAGAUGUGUCUCUUCUUGGAGUUCUCGGGACACUCCUGUGGAUCAACGCUGCCUUUACCGUAUAGUCUCCAGUCUAACCUCGUGCCUGCACUUUACGGACGGGACAAGCUGCAGUUUACUAAAGGCCACAUGAAGAUGUUAUCGUGUUUCUCCUCAUCAACGAUCAAACCUUAAAUUGACUCUGUUUUUAAUGGCAUGGAUAACUCACUCCGAAUCCACAUUUUUCAAGUUCAUUUUUGAUUUUCGUUUCAUUAUCCAGAUUUAGAUGUGACAUGAUCUUAUGAAAGAUAUUAUAUUAUUCGAGAGAAAACAGAAUGUGUAAAUGUUGUACAUUAAAUGUAAUCGUGACUAUAUAUCUACCACAAUAUAUCUACUCGUACCGUU